AUGAACUCGUUGAGCCUGCUGUCAUCGCGAGUCAUUGGCCAGUCCUCCACCGGUCGAACGCGUCACCAAAGAUCCCGCUCUCAAGGCGAGAUCCCGCCCGAUAGUCUGCCGAGAGACCCUCACAGAUAUAGGUCCAGGUCUUACAGUGAAGAUAAUGUGCACACCAAUGAUGGCUCCGAAAAGGAUUACAGGGAUCCGCCUCUGCUCACAGAGGACAUAAAUAUGAAUAGCGUCGUUGGACGCAUCUUGGAUGAAAAGACGCCAUUGUUGCACCAAGCACAAAAAGGGGCCUUUCUUACCGCCAGGAGUUCACUGAGACUCAGCUGCCGUCGGACGUUCAAUGCCAUUGCAGAGACCAUCAGAUUUAUUCUCUCCACGUUGACUGCACCCGGGGUUUAUGUGGCCCAAUGUUUUCGGAAUGACGACGGGCGUUAUUCACUUUUAGCCCCGGUGAGAAAGUUACAACAGAUUAGGAGGGCAGAUGGCAUGCGAAAUAGGGAUGGAACACGCCUGGGUAGGAGCCGUCGCAGUGGUUCCGUGAGGAAGCUCCGAAGCUAUCCUUCUCGAGAUUCCAUUCUUUCCACCUCCACAUCCGAGUCAGAUGAAGGUCAGCGCAGGGCGAGAGGCAAGCAUCGGUCAUCGACAAAGUCCCGCAGCCUUGGACAGGGGUCUGAAGGGAACAAUACUCCUCGGCGUUCUAUACGCAUAAAACUCCACAAUGACGACGCACUCAGGCAACAGAAAGAGCAGCGACGGUCUCAAGGCGCGGGAUCCGAGCAGGUGAUGCAUAGUCAUGUUUCCAAGACCCAGGCAGCACUUAAUCCGGACAGCUUAAAGUCACCUACCUCUCCGUCUGUCCACAGACUCACCAGAUAUCCCCACUCCCCCACUCCACCUCGACCAUUGAUCCCCGCCCGGUUACCGUCGUAUGCAGCUCCUCCUGGCAAUUCUAGGGUCCCCCAGAAGACGCUCGUUUUGGACCUGGAUGAAACCCUCAUUCAUUCUCUGGCAAAGGGUGGCCGCAUGUCUAGCGGCCACAUGGUCGAAGUCAAACUUUCCACACCGAUGAUUACUGCCCUCACCCCUGGGGGCCCACCUACCGCACUAGGACCCCAUCAUCCAAUCUUAUACUAUGUUCACAAACGUCCUCAUUGCGACGAUUUCCUGCGCAAGGUGUGCAAAUGGUACAAACUCGUUAUCUUCACUGCCAGCGUCCAGGAAUAUGCGGACCCAGUAAUCGACUGGCUCGAGCAAGAACGCAAGUUUUUCCAGGCCCGAUAUUAUCGCCAACACUGUACUUUCCGGAACGGCGCCUAUAUCAAGGACCUAAGUUCGGUAGAGCCUGAUCUGAGUAAAGUGAUGAUAUUGGAUAAUAGCCCCAUGAGCUAUAUUUUUCAUGAAGAUAAUGCCAUUCCCAUCGAGGGCUGGAUCAAUGAUCCCACGGACAAUGGACUCCUUCACUUGAUCCCAAUGCUAGAAGCCCUGCAGUAUGUGAUUGACGUGCGGGCACUCCUAGCAUUGCGAAGAGGAGAAGCCGAGGUUUCAUAA